UCAUUGUGGGCACCGUUGACUUGGGUGUACUCAUCACUUACCUGUUCUUCCGAUACAGUGGUAAUUAUCCCGAUGUCAUCCUAUUCAUCGACUUCUACUCCGAGAUCAUAUGGCGUCACGUAAUGGAUUUCUUUUUCAAGAUAAUGGCAAACGCUGUGGAAAAUCGUAUGCAGAUUAACGGGUCGGGCGGUGGGAACCGGACUACGAGUGCUAACAUUACGAGCAGCACCGGUACCCGAUCUCCAGGCAUGACUACUACGGCCCACCCGUUGGGCGCAGAGGGCUUACGGCGAUCGCCAUCUAAUCGGAAAAUGCAGUGAUAAUUGUGUUUUGAAAACAG